GAAAUAGCUGACUAUAGUUAUCCCCGUCUUAACCAUAGUUAGUAGCCCAGAUGUGACCACAGCCAUCGUCAGAUAGACACCAUGAUAAGAAUUUUAGGAUAAUACCAAAAACACGAGUCACUCCUAGCAGCUCAGAAAACCAUUAAGGCACUGUUUACAUGGAGUUGGGGGACCCCAGGUACCUAUCGUGUAAACGUGAUCAAAUUAAAAUGAGAGAUUAUAUGGACAAACGGGUUACCCCAUCUAAGCGGGUUACCUCGCCUACCUGGGGUCCCCCACCUCCAUGUAAACAGGCCCUAAAUCAACAUCGUUCAGGUCGUUUGCAUAAUCUGACAAGUUCACGUAAUUUCGUUUCUUACGUUAAGUGUUUUGUAUUAUGUGACUACUGAGCUGCUCAUUCUGCUAUGACUUUUUAAUCAUUUGACGUUACUGUUUAUAAAGCUUGAUCAGAGAAUGAUUAGAAGAUACUAAUGAGGCCAAGUUUAUGGACAAUAGACUGUGAGCAGUCUCUUAUUUUUUUGAAAGUUACCGGAGUAGAACGCGCGAAUCGCGAGAAACGAGGGCGGAGACGGUUCCCGCGUACACCCUUUUCCUUUUGGAUAAACGCGGUCACUGUGACUGAGAAAUUGACCGUUAUAAGAGAAAAGGCGGACUGCAAGCAAUUUAGUGAACAAGAAUUCUUCUGUUUUAAGGUGGAAAGCGCGAGCUGCUUCAACGGUGAAUCCCAACAUGCUCAAAGUUACGAAUCGAAGCGUGCCUUCCUCCGCCGUGUCAGACGGAAAGAAGAAAAAAGAAGGGUUGGCGGAUGUGGUGGAAAAGGUUGACAGCAAACGAAAAAAAGAUAAAAAAGAAGAAAAAGAUGACAAGUUCUGUAAACCGGGUAAGUUGAAGAUUGUUAUACCGUAAAAUUCCGAAAAUAAGCCCCGGAGCUUAUAUUUUUCAACGGGCCUUUUUGAGGGGCUAGUUCAAUUGGCUUAUCUAUGGAGGGAAAUUUGCGUUUCAAAAUCGAUUGUGCUAGCCUUAUAGUUGGAGGGAAAUUUACCGUUUUUACUUUGUUUUACCUUGUAUUUGAGGGCAAUUUCCUAGUACAAGCCCCCGGGGGCAUUAUAUUUGGAGGGGCGAUUUAACGGAGCGUCUUUUGCGUUACCGGUUUGGGGGGCUAUCCAUGGAGGGGCCUAUCCAUGGAGGGGCCUAUCCAUGAAGGGGCCUAUCCAUGAAGGGGCUUAUUUUCGGAAUUUUACGAUAGACUGUUUCUUUAAUUAUGGCGAAAGGAUUUGGUGGUGGAAGAAGGCGGGAGGGGGGUGGCUUUCUUUAAAAGACCAAAAUUUUGGAGGUAACAACGUACACUGUUGCAGACCACGCAAAUCAGUUUUCCGUGUUCAGCUGCCCGACAUUUACAAUAGGCCUUCUCCGAGUUCCAAAAACCCUCACUUUCUAAACGAUGGUAAGUGCAAAACCUCUCUUGUGAUAAUGAUUUUUAUUUACAUGAGAAUAAAAAAUGGUUUUCUCAUCAAUGGCUUCGCACUUAGCCUCACUUUGAAACAGAGGCUUCAGGCAACUCGAAAGUGGCCAAAUAUUGCGUAUUGGUUCUCACUUGGCGAGCUUGAUUCCGAAUCAAAUGUUUCCUUGUGGAGCCACUUAUUCAGAAAUCAGUAAUGUUUUCUAGUUUAGUUUCAUCCUAAACAGUCAAGAACAAAAAUUUACAACUCCCUUUGAUAAGCUUCAUAAAUUAAUUCUGUGCUUUUUUUUUUAAUUAAGUUUUUGCUGGACCUGUUUUUGUAAAAUUAAAACUAACCUUGCUUCGUUUUUUUUUCCCUUGGCAGGUGACUAUGUAAUAAUCGUGGAAGAUGUUACAUCACCGCCAUUCCUCGAUGUCACCUUAGCUCCAGCCUUUCUUCACGUCAAAGUGACUCAAAAGAAACGAGCUCGAAGCAAAAUGGAAUCACGGAGAAACUAAAACCUACUUAAACUAACAUUUCUAUUAAGCUUGUUCUUUCAACACAAGCGAAACUUUACAGUACAUAUAAAGUGUGAGAAAAUCAGUUUUUGAUCUGAUCGCAAAGAGAAAACACUUUCAGAAACGCCGACAUUUCCAAUUUAACGUUCAAAGGUUAACGCUGUCCAAUACGCGUUGAGAGAGUAGAAAGAGUUGAACGUAGAAAAUAGAAAGGGAUGGUGACAAAGCGUGGUAAAGUUCCUUAUCUGAUGUGUUUAUUGGUACAAUGGAGUACAUAUCAACACCUUUAAUUCUCGUUGUUCAAAGUAAGACGUCCCCGUCAAGUUAUUCAGUCAAAAAGUUUCCUGCGAAUACACCCGCCUGGAUCCUGUCGCUAGGGACGUUUAGCGAAUGUCGCGGAGCGAUAACAGGCGACUGUAUCCGUAGGCUUUCAUAUAGUGGCAGACCCCUGAGAUAAGAGUUUGCGGGCUUCAAAAACCAGUCUCCUCUAAAGUUAUUCGACGUAUCAAAAUACUAAAUUUGUCUCGCAUGCUGUGUUUGAUUUUUUAAAACUGUACAGAACGUGCUUCAACUUGAAGAAGCGUUUUUGAUAUGUUGACUUUUUUUCCAACUAUCAGGG